AUGGAGAACAGUGCGUCCGGUAUGAAUAAAGGAAGUAUAAAAGAGCUAGCAGAUUCUGACAUAGAAGAAAACACAGAGGAGGUGGAAAAGAUGAAAAUAGUUUCUGGAAAGGGAUUCCCCAAAACAGACUUAUUCGCAUGGACGGAAGGGUAUAAAACCGUUGGAUUUCAAGGAACUCAUCUGCAUCAGGCGAUAGCAGAGCUUAAAAAGAUGCGGGCAGCAAACAGUAAAAUAUUCUUAGGAUACACAAGCAAUCUUAUAUCUUCUGGGCUAAGAGACAUAAUAGCAUAUCUUGUUCGAAAUAAAUUUGUGGAUGUUCUGGUGAGUACAGCAGGUGGUGUUGAGGAAGACAUAAUAAAAACUCUAAAACCCUCCCGGCUGGGCCAGUUUGACAUGGAUGGUGCAAAACUAAGAUCCCAAGGGCUAAACAGAGUAGGAAACAUUCUCAUACCCAACGAGAACUACUUUGCGUUUGAAGACUGGAUGACCGAGUUUCUUAAUGAUAUCAUCGAGGGCAGGCUAGAAAACAACCCAGAAAGCACAGAGAUCCAGGGUCUUGGAAGUGGAUAUCGAAGAGUUGACGAUAUAUCAAUUAUAACGCCGUCAAGAUUCAUUUAUGAGCUGGGGAAGAAAGCAAACUCAGAAGAGUCUGUGUACUACUGGGCAUACAAGAAUAAUAUUCCUGUGUACUGCCCAGCUAUUACGGAUGGAUCGAUUGGCGAUAUUAUAACAUACUUCAACCAGCGAAGAAGACUAGUAAUUGACAGUGUUGAGGACAUUGCGAGAAUAAAUGGAGAGGGGCUAUUUUGUGAAAGCACCGGGGCUCUUAUUCUUGGAGCAGGCGUGAUAAAGCACCAUAUUCUUAACGCGAAUCUAUUUAGAAAUGGUCUAGACCACUGUGUGCUAGUUAAUACGGCACAAGAGUUCGAUGGAAGUGAUGCUGGUGCGCGGGUAGAAGAGUCGGUGUCCUGGGGAAAGAUCAAGAAGCACACCACCUCAGUAAAAGUGCACGCAGAUGCCACUCUGAUUCUUCCUAUUCUAGUAAGUGCAGUGUGGCCAGACGGGAUUUAA